AUGCCGCUCACUCCCGAUGAAGCAGCACAGCUUCGCUAUCUGAUGGCCAAGGCGUCGUCAGACCAGGUGAUGCCAUCCCUGCCAAUCGAUGCACCAGGUAUUGCUUCCGGAGCUGCUGACCCAGACUCAGGUUUCAGCUUGAUUCCCUUCUCUGGAUCGAUGACUGACGCCUCCAAACGUCGAGAGGAGUUGUCAGCAGCCUCGCCGCAACCGAAGAAGGAACGUGGAUAUGGUCCAUCAGCACAUCCCAAGUUCAAGGCCUCAGGUUCCAUGGAAGGAUCCUAUGCUGCCACCGAAGGAAUUCCACCUCCGAUGCCAGGUUCAGAUUUGAGCUCAAGUAUGCUGCCAACUUUGCCUCCGGAUGUGAUGGACAUGCACCAAUGGGGUCGCACUGUCAUCCAGUUCGGACAGUACAAAGGUUUGAACAUGACUUACCAUGAUUUGGCAUGCUCACCCGAAGACCGAGCCAAGUCAUAUGUAAAGUGGGUAACGGCACGUCAGCGAUCAGCGUCAGGCCUGUUGCUUGAUCUUUCAAAUUAUUUGAGCCGUUUCAUCGCCGAACGUGAUGCAGCAGAAGAUGCCGCUUGGGAGGGGCCAAAGAUCCCCGGCACCGAUGAUCCCAAAGUGGUCUGGACGCGUCCGUUGCCACCGGACCAAGUACUGGAACUCGAGGAACUCAGAACUCGUCUGGAGGGUCUCAAGAAGAAGGUGGAGAUGCUGGCGUCCCAUUUCCAAGAUGAGCAGGUGACCAUCAGCUUCGAUGCCUCUUCCUGCAGGAGCUCCAACAACUCGGGGGAGGCGGAGCAACUUUCACACUGGCCUGAGAGUGCAAGCGCUGGAGAGUCGCAUCCCGCUCAGGACCAGACUCAGGCCGCCAGCGAAGCCGUGCAGCUGGCGGAGUCGGCCGCUGCCAUGCAGGCGCAAGCGGGAGCGGGCUUCCAUCCACACCAGCCCCGUGCCGACACCCGCCCCGGACCCGAUCGGCACCAGGAGCCGGGCCUUCUUCCAUGGACCACCGUGAAGCAGGGGAGUUUGAUCCUCAUUUCAGCGUGGGGUAUCGGCCUCGUUUGGAGCAUCUUGCGCCUUUGGACCGACGUGGUGGACAUCCUGGACCCUCCCAAGAAGCCCGACAACCCGGAUCUUGAGUUGCUCUUCGAUGGCCCCUGGCCGCGGUACUUCCAGCCGAGAGGACUCGCCUGUGAUGAGAGGGACCGAGAUGAGGCACCGAGGAUCCUCAUUGCUGAGAAGCAUGAGGUCCAUCAGUUGCUGCAAGAGGAGCACUGGACCUUGUCCACCAGCUCCAUGGAAGCUGCCUGCCUCUCCACUCAGCCCAGGUUCCAUGCGAGUGGCCUCCGCGGCAUCUCCUUGCAGUGUGCCCAUGAGGGAUGCGAGAGUGUCCUGGUCGGCGAGGGCAGCCGCGCUCUGCGCUGUGGGGGCAAUGAGACCGCCGAGUUGAAGCUCCAUGGUGGGCCCUGGCACCUCGCCACCUCUUUAGACCAAGGAGUUUGGGCCACGCGCCCGGCAGAGUCGAGUCCGGUCUUGUUGCAUCCAGGAUCUGAUGGCUGGGUCCCAGCUCUGCAGUUGGCCGAGCAUCCCGCAGCUUCGGACCAACGCCUCUUGGAUCGGCUGCAGGAUGGCGGCCUAUUGGCCAUGAGUCAUGCAGGACGGAUCCAUGCAUGGCAGCCACAAGCAUCGUCCUCAUCCUGGCUCCCUUCAGGCUGGUCCUAUGACCUCCCUGAUGAUUUAGGCUUAAGUUGGACUGGCCUUUGCACCGCGGGCAGCAGCUUGAUCCUUUUGGGACAGGCCGCAGGCAAAGUGGAAGUUUGGCGUUUAUCGCUGCCAGCACUGAGGGGCAGCGCUUGA